CCAUUGAAAGAUCGCAGAGAGAGGGUAAGGGACGAGAAGAGAUAUGGCAAAGAGGGGGGAAGGGAUGGGGAGAGAGAUGGCAGAGAGGGGGGAAGGGACAGGGAGAGAGAUGGCAGAGAGGGGGGAAGGGACAGGGAGAGAGAUGGCAGAGAGGGGGGAAGGGACGGGGAGCGAGUUGGCAGAGAGGGAGGAAGGGACGGGGAGAGAGAUGGCAGAGAGGGGGGAAGGGACGGGGAGAGAGAUGGCAGAGAGGGGGGAAAGGACGGGGAGAUAGAUGGCAGAGAAGGGGGAAGGGACGGGGAGAGAGACGGCAGAGAGGGGGGAAGGGACGGGGAGAGAGAUGGCAGAGAGGGGGGAAGGGACGGGGAGAGAGAUGGCAGAGAGGGGGGAAGGGACGGGGAGAGAUAUGGCAGAGAGGGGGGAAGGGACGGGGAGAGAUAUGGCAGAGAGGGGGGAAGGGGCGGGGAGAGGUAUGGCAGAGAGGGGGGAAGGGAUGGGGAGAGAUAUGGCAGAGGGGGGAAGGGAGGGGGAGAGAGAUGGCAGAGAGGGGGGAAGGGACGGGGAGAGAGAUGGCAGAGAGGAGGGAAGGGGCGGGGAG